UUUAACCUGACCUACCUAUAUAAGAAAGACCACCAUUCUGCAACACCUCCAUCAAAAUCAAAAAGCUCAGAUCUCUCUUUUUCACAAAUACAAAGAAACGAAAAAAACUCUCAACCAAAAGAUCAAACAAAAAUGAGUUCAGCUUGCAGAGCUUGGGUAGUGGCAGCAAGCAUAGCAGCUGUGGAGACCCUGAAAGACCAAGGAGUUUGCAGAUGGAACUUUGUCAUAAGGUCAAUGCAGCAGCAUGCCAAGAACAACAUCAGAUCCUACUAUCAAGCCAAGAAACUCUCUUCUCAGACUUCUUCUGCUAUUUCUAAUCAGAUGAAGCGAUCUAAGGAGGAGUCAGUGAGAAAAGUCAUGGACUUGAGCUGCUGGGGUCCCAGCACAAUCAGAUUUUAGUAUAUUAUUCUAUGAAGAUGUAAUCCUCUAUCCUCCAAGAAAUGAUUUCUUGUUUCAUGAGA